UCAUAGCGUUCCAAUAGGAAUUGAACUCGUCAGGCUGCCCUCAAAUAAGUUCAAUCACCCACUCCCUCCCUAUAAAGAGUCCCCUCCUCUGCUCCCCUCUCCCACCUUCACUCCCAUCCCCAAUAUCUUUCUCAACCCUUAAUUUGAUCUCAGUAUAAGCUUCUUUAGUUUCAGACAUGGCGGUUCUGAAGGUCCAUGGCAACCCCAUAUCCUCAGCCACUUGGAGGGUGCUCGCCUGCCUCUAUGAGAAGGAGCUCGACUUCGAGUUUGUCAUGGUCGACUUGAGAUCCGGCGAACACAAGAAGGAGCCCUUCCUUUCUCUCAACCCAUUCGGUCUAGUCCCCGCGUUUGAGGAUGGAGACCUGAAGCUCUUUGAGUCGAGGGCGAUCACCCAGUACAUAGCUCACACAUACGCGGACAAGGGAACUCCGCUGGUGAUCCCCGGCAAGGAAAUGGCGACCGUUUCCGUGUGGAUGGAAGUGGAGGCCCAACAGUACGACCCAGCAGCGUUGAAGCUGCAGUUUGAGCUGGCGAUUAAUCCCCUGCUGGGGAUACAAACCGAUGCAGCAGUAGUGGAGGAGUACGAGCACAAGCUCGCAAAGGUCCUGGAUGUGUACGAGGCCCGCCUGUCUCAGUCCAAGUACCUUGGUGGGGACUGCUUCACCCUCGCUGACCUCCACCACCUGCCGACCCUGAACUACCUCAUGCCCACCCAGGUCAGGAAGAUCUUCGACGCAAGGCCGAAGGUUAGCGCCUGGGUCGCCGAUAUCUCGUCCCGACCUGCCUGGUGCAAGGUCCUGGAGAUGAUAAAGCCAAAGUAAGGGGAGUCCUCAGCCUGGAAAUGGAGUAAUUUCCCAGCAGAGCUCCUCUGUAUUUUGUUGCUGUUGUUGGUUGUGCUUGCGAAGUGGAUAUUUUCAUGUUUAUGAGGAUGCUUUUUAACUUUUGAUGUAUAUGGAGAUGCUCUGCUUGUGUCUUCAAUAAUGGAUGUUGAGGGCAUUGCCAUUAAUAAAAGGAUACAGGGGAGAAAAACUUUUAGUAUCGGCCA